AUGGCGUCGGCGGAGGCGGCCGAAGCGCGGCUUCUGGAGCGGAGGGAGCUCGGAAGCACGGGGAUCAAGGUCAGCUGCGUCGGCUUCGGCGCCUCCCCGCUCGGGAACGUCUUCGGCCCCGUCUCCGACGACGAAGCCCUAGCCGCCGUCCGCCGCGCCUUUGAGCUCGGCAUCAACUUCUUCGACACCUCUCCGUAGUCGCUCCCCCCUCCUCCUUCCCGGCGAUCCCUGCUUCUGCAUCUCGUCCUCUCUGCCUAUCUGUUCAUCGGCGGUUCUCGCGGCGGUCGCAGGUACUACGGCGGCACGGUCUCGGAGUCGGUGCUCGGGAGGUGCUUGCGGGCGCUGGGGGUGCCUCGGAGCGAGUUCUUCGUCUCCACCAAGUGCGGACGCUACAUCGACGGCUUCGACUUCAGCGCCGAGCGAGUCACCAGGAGCGUCGACGAGAGCCUCUCCCGCCUCGGCCUCGACUACGUGGACUUCCUCCAGUGCCACGACAUUGAGUUCGGAUCCCUCGAUCAGGCGAGUCACCCUACAAAACGAAUCCCUAAUUUCUUCUUCUUCUUCUUCUUGCCGUUCGGAAGGAUUCGUUUCUGGAAUCAUCAUCCUCUGGUUUCGUGCUGCUUACUUGUUCUCGGCGGCAGAUUGUGAGCGAGACGAUUCCGGCGAUCCAGAAGCUGAAGGAGGCCGGGAAGGUGCGAUUCGUCGGGAUAACAGGAUUGCCGCUAGAGAUCUUCAACUACGUACUGGAUCGGGUGCCGCAGGAAUCCGUAGACGUUAUCCUGUCCUACUGCCACUACAGCAUUAACGAUUCCAGCCUUCUGAGCCUCCUGCCCUACCUGGAGAAGAAGGGCGUCGGGGUGAUCAGCGCCUCGCCGCUGGCGAUGGGCCUCCUCACCGACAACGGCCCCCCCGAAUGGCAUCCGGCCUCGCCGGAGCUCAAGGUUGUUGUUGAUCCGCCGACGGGGAAGAGAUCGUCGUUCUCCGUGUCUGCUUGUACAUCCUUCUUUCUUGUCUAAAUUUCAGCGCUGCUUUGCCCCUGUAGGCUUCCUGCAGAGCGGCGGCGGAUCAUUGCAGGGGAAAGGGGAAGAACAUCUCCCAUCUGGCUCUUCAGUACAGUCUCGGGAACAAAGGCGUCGCAUCCGUUCUCGUCGGGAUGAACUCCGUCAAACAGGUUACAGAGAAUUCUCUCACCUUUGUUUCUGAGAUUCAUUCGCCGGGGCCGGCCACAGCAGGCCGCAUUCUUCCUCCCCUCCGCCUGAAGAGAUCUCCGGCCGGCUGCAGGUCGAAGAGAACGUCGCCGCCGCCAUGGAACAGGCGGCGAACGGGAUCGACGAGGAGCUCCUCGAGGAGGUGGAAGCCAUUCUGGGGCCAGUCAAGAACCAGACCUGGUCGAGCGGCAUCCAGCAAGGCUGA